AAACAACAAACGUCGUCAUAUGUUUUUUUUAUUAAUAACCCCUCACCCCCUGAGGCCUGAACAAGUUUCCGUUUUAUAACUUCACGAUUUCCAUAGUUCCCAUACUCAACUAAUCGACUUGAUUCUAUUCUACACUCAUACAUAAGCCUAAUUUAGCGAAGAAAUCACCAUGAGCGUCAAAACCGUCGAAUUCAAGCCUUUCACCGAUCAGAAGCCUGGGACCUCAGGUCUUCGAAAGAAGGUAAAGGUCUUCCAACAGCCUCACUAUAGCGAGUCCUUUAUCACCAGUAUCCUCCUCUCUAUCCCUGAAGGUGCCGAGGGUGCAUUCCUGGUUAUCGGAGGUGAUGGAAGAUUUUGGAACCCUGAGGUUAUCCAGCUAAUCGCGAAGAUUGGUGCUGCAUACGGAGUGAAGAAGCUAUUAAUUGGUCAGGAUGGCAUUUUGUCUACUCCAGCUGCCAGCCACGUCAUUCGAAAGCGAAAGGCUACGGGUGGCAUCCUCUUGACAGCCAGUCACAAUCCUGGUGGUCCCGACCAGGAUUUCGGUAUCAAGUACAACCUGUCCAAUGGCGGUCCUGCCCCGGAGAGCGUCACAAACAAGAUUUACGAAGCUUCAAAAACCCUUACUUCCUACAAAGUUGCCGAUAUUCCCGAUAUAGACAUUACUACUAUUGGAACCAAGACCUACGGUAACCUGGAAGUUGAAAUUGUGGACGCCACGGCAGACUAUGUUCAGAUGCUUAAGGAGAUCUUCGACUUCCCUCUAAUUAAGAAGUUCUUCACCGAAAACCCCGACUUCAAGGUCCUCUUCGACGGUCUACAUGGUGUCACAGGUCCAUAUGGAAAGGCAAUCUUCGAGAAAGAGUUAGGACUUCCUAACUCGACCCAAAACUGCAUUCCCAAGCCCGAUUUCAACGGAGGACACCCGGACCCUAAUCUCACCUACGCUCACUCCCUAGUGGAAGUUGUUGACAAGAAUUCCAUCCCCUUUGGCGCUGCAUCUGACGGAGAUGGUGACCGAAACAUGAUCUACGGUGCUGGAGCGUUUGUAUCCCCCGGUGACAGUCUGGCAAUCAUCGCCCACCACGCACAGCUCAUCCCCUACUUCAAGAAGCAGGGUGUGUAUGGUUUGGCCCGUAGCAUGCCUACAUCCGGAGCUGUCGACCUUGUUGCUAAAGCUCAAGGUCUGAACUGCUACGAGGUCCCCACGGGUUGGAAAUUCUUCUGCGCUCUUUUUGAUGCAGAUAAGUUGAGUAUUUGUGGUGAGGAGAGUUUCGGUACUGGUAGCAACCAUGUCCGUGAGAAGGAUGGACUGUGGGCUGUUGUGGCAUGGCUUAAUAUCAUUGCCGGUUUAGGAGAGGCCCACCCUGAAACCAAGCCGAGCAUCAAGCAGAUUCAACAGGACUUCUGGAAGACCUACGGCCGAGUAUUCUUUACCCGCUACGAUUAUGAGAAUGUCGACUCGGAUGGCGCAAAUAAGGUUGUCGGAACGCUAAAUGACCUUGUUGCUGAUCCUAACUUUAAGGGCAGCAAGAUCGGAGAACGCACUGUAACUGACGCUGGUAACUUCUCUUACACUGAUCUGGAUGGUUCUGUUGCAUCAAACCAAGGCCUUUACGCCCGCUUCGACAGCGGUAGCCGAAUCGUUGUCCGACUUUCGGGAACUGGUUCAUCCGGUGCAACUAUUCGUCUAUACAUCGAGAAGUACAGCAACGACCCCUCGACUUACAGCCUAGACGCACAAGACUUCCUCAAGGAUGAGAUCAAAUUUGCCACAGAUCUAUUAAAGUUCAAGGAGUAUGUGGGACGUGAUGAGCCUGACGUGAAGACAUAAUCGGACGGACGGAUUAGGUAUGGGAGUUGGAAUGCCGAUGGCACGAAAAAUAAAACAAAACCACUAUAGUAAUAACUAUACGAGCUUACGUGAUAACGAAAUUAUGUAACUGUCACUGUCAUAGUCUUUGAAGGAAGCAAAUAUUUAUGGUGAUAGGUUCCUAACUAUCGUAGCUGGAGAAAUCACUUUUAAUGUCAUACCGUUCGAACGUUCUUGUUCAGUAGGCGGGGGCGUUUAUAAUACUUUUAUGCCUUUAA